AGUGCGAGGACAGGAGGGAGGACCGUAAGAGAGGACAGGAAGAGAGGACAGGUAGGGGGACAGGUGAGAGGACUGGGGAGGGAACAGGUGAGAGGACAAGUGAGAUGACAGGAAGAAAUUAAGAGACAAAGAAGGAAAGGAACUCUUCAAACUGUCAGAAUCCGUUUUCUUCGCAAAGAGAGAAGACAAAUUCUCCUCAAAUUCAGCCAAAACUUGACUACUUUCUAAGCUGUUUCUGGGAAACCUAAGGAAGAAAAGAGAGAAGACACUGGAAAGAAGACACACAGGAUAGAAGAGGCACAGGAGAGGAGAGAAAGAGAGCCCUGAACUCACAGGAGAGUUAAGUGUCUCUAACAACAAGAAAACAAGCAGCUCACUGUCUAACUAGCCUACCCGGAGAGAAGGAAUACUCUGCACCUCUCUGUCUGAGGAGCACGUAAGAGAGGGAAAAAACAACAAGAGAAGAGAUAAAUGAAGGAGUGAAAAGCGGGAUUCAAACUAAUCAAACCUGCUGACGACAAGAAAAAGAAGAGUGGAAGAAGAGAGAGAGAACAUCACAUAGAACCACUUGGAAAACAUGGAAAGGAGGGAAUGUUCAUUUCUGCGUACAAGGAACUCAUAGAAGGAAGAGAAAGAUAAAGCAAUUCCAGUUUUGAGAAAUGCUGUUGUACUGGAGUCAACUGUAGUGCAGGAUCUGUACCUCUGUCCAGCCUCCACACUGCCUAGAACGUCUGUCCAGCCUCCACACUGCCUAGAACGUCUGUCCAGCCUCCACACUGCCUAGAACGUCUGUCCAGCCUCCACACUGCCUAGAACGUCUGUCCAGCCUCCACACUGCCUAGAACGUCUGUCCAGCCUCCACACUGCCUAGAACGUCUGUCCAGCCUCCACACUGCCUAGAACGUCUGUCCAGCCUCCACACUGCCUAGAACGUCUGAUUGGGGAUUUGGUAUUUAGACUGCAGAGCUGAAACCGCCACUCUGUCUGUUAACCAGGUCACUGCUGUUCUGUAUAUGAGAAUAUGUCCUCAGUGUCUAAAACUGUCUAACAGAGUUGAAUGAUUAAAUGAAUGAAAAUACGACAAUACAAUGUCUCAGGAGGAUGGCAGGAGUGUCGGGAGCGCGGGGAGCGCGGGGGCGGACAGCGAGUCGGACCACAAUGAACACCAGACCACUAUCCAGAACCAGACCUACGGUCAGGAUCAAGACCAGGAUCCAGACCAGGUAUUAGAAGAUGUGAUUGUAGUACUGGACCGGAUCGCCAGUCUCUCUGUGGACAUGUUUGAGCCCAGCGACUUCAAGGGAAGGUUCACUAAGAUCAAGUCCAGAUCCAGGAAGAAAACCCAGAUCAUCAGAGCCUCUCCGGUGGGCCUAAAGCCACCCCUCCCCCCCACCAGCGGUCCCUCGUCAGAGAGGAAGGGUCCCGUCGCCAUGGUGCCUGUUACUGUGGACCCCGAGAGCAAGCCAGGGGAGUUCGUCCUCAAGAGUCUGUUCGCUAACUUCACCUCCGUCUCCGAGAGGAAGAUACGCAUCAUCAUGGCCGAACCACUGGAGAAGCCUCUCAACAAGUCACUACAGAGAGGAGAGGAUCUACAGUUUGACCAGUUAAUCAGUACAAUGAGUUCUCUGGCUGAGUACUGUCUCCCCUCCAUUCUGAAGACACUGUUUGACUGGUAUAAACGACAAAAUGGACUAGAGGACGAGAGUCAUGAAUACAGACCCAGGGCCAAUACCAAGUCCAAGAGUGAUGAGCAGCAGAAGGACUACUUGCUGGAGAGGAGGGAUCUGGCCAUAGACUUCAUAUUCUCCCUGGUGCUCAUAGAAGUACUCAAACAGAUCCCACUCCAUCCUCUGAUGGAUGGGUUGAUUCAGGAAGUUAUUAACCUGGCUUUCAAACACUUCAAGUACAAGGAGGGCUACCUCGGUCCCAACACAGGGAACAUGCACAUGGUGGCUGACCUCUAUGCUGAGGUGGUGGGGGUCGUCGCACAGUCCAGAUUCCCUGCUGUGAGGAAGAAGUUCAUCUCUGAGCUGAAGGAGUUGAGACAGAAGGAACAGAACCACUAUGUUUUCCAGUCUACCAUCAGCCUCAUCAUGGGAGUCAAGUUCUUCAGGAUUAAGAUGUACCCCGUGGAGGACUUCGAGGCCUCCUUCCAGUUCAUGCAGGAGUGUGCCCAGUAUUUCCUGGAGGUGAAGGAUAAGGACAUUAAACAUUCUCUGGCUGGACUCUUCGUAGAGAUACUGGUUCCUGUAGCUGCAACAGUGAAGAACGAGGUGAAUGUUCCGUGUCUGAGGAACUUUGUAGAAAGUCUGUAUGACACUACGCUGGACCUGUCCUCUAGGAAGAAACACUCUCUGGCUCUGUUUCCGUUGGUUACCUGUCUGCUGUGUGUCAGUCAGAAGCAGCUCUUCCUCAACAGAUGGCACAUCUUCCUCAACAACUGUCUCUCCAACCUCAAGAAUAAGGAUCCCAAGAUGGCCCGUGUGGCUCUGGAGGCUCUCUACCGGCUCCUCUGGGUCUAUAUGAUCAGGAUCAAGUGUGAGAGCAACACCGGAACACAGAGUCGUCUGACGUCCAUCACCACCACUCUGUUCCCUAAGGGCAGUCGUAGUGUCGUACCCAGAGACAUGCCACUCAACAUCUUUGUCAAGAUCAUACAAUUUAUAGCCCAGGAAAGACUCGAUUUUGCCAUGAAGGAGAUCAUCUUUGACCUGCUGUGUGUCGGGAAGCCUGCCAAAGCGUUCAGUCUCAACCCAGAGCGUAUGAACAUAGGUCUGAGGGCCUUCCUGGUGAUAGCUGAUGCCCUGCAGCAGAAGGACGGGGAGCCUCCCAUGCCCAACACUGGGGCCACUCUGCCCUCUGGAAACUCUCUGAAGAAGAAGAAGACUUACCUCAGCAAGACGCUCACUGAGGACGAAGCCCAACUGAUAGGUAUGUCUCUGUACUACUCCCAGGUGCGUAAGGCCAUAGACAACAUCCUGAGACACUUGGACAAGGAGGUGGGCCGCUGUAUGAUGCUCACUAACGUACAGAUGCUCAACAAGGAACCAGAGGACAUGAUCACAGGGGAGAGGAAGCCUAAGAUAGAUCUGUUCAGGACGUGUGUGGCAGCUAUUCCUCGUAUCCUCCCUGACAGCAUGUCCAAACCUGAACUCAUAGACCUUUUGUCACGCCUGACUGUCCACAUGGACGACGAGCUCCGCCUCAUCUCCCAGAAUUCCUUGCAGAGCCUGCUGCUGGAUUUCUCUGAUUGGAGGGAGGACGUCCUGUUUGGAUAUACACACUUCCUGCUCCGAGAGGUUCAGGACACACACCAGGGUCUGCAGGACUCCUCCAUCAAACUACUGCUGCAACUGCUCACACAGUGGAGACUCACACUGCAGGUCCCUGGGAACAAACGGGCUGCUGAGGCCAGUCCCAGACUACCAGACCGUAGUCCUCACUGCUCAGUGCUUCAUGCUGUAGAAGGCCUGGCUCUGCUGCUCCUCUGCUCCUGUCAGACCAGCACACGCAAACUGGCUGUGUCUGUUCUCAGAGAAAUACGCAUUCUCUUCAAUACUAUAGGACACGCAGAGGAUGAUGACAAGCCUAUGAUAGAGGUGAUGGACCAGCUCAGUCCUGCUGUUAUGGACAGCUUUGUACACGUGGCCGUGUCCGACUCUUCCACCCUCCCUCUCAGCCACCACGUGGACCUACAGUGGUUGGUGGAGUGGACAGCCAGACUGGUGAGCAGUGCCUACGACGUGAAGAGUCCCAGCCAUGUAUGGAUCUAUGCCCAGUGUGUCAAAGACCCCUGGGUACUCUGUCUGCACAGCUUCCUGCGCCAGGAACACCUCCCCAAACUCUGCCCUACCGCUCUCAGCUACGCCUGGCCCUACGCAUUCACCAGGCUACAGCUGCUGCUGCCGCUGGUUGACCCCAACAGUCCAGUGAAUGCUAAGAAGACCUCGUCGGCGGGCUCCAGUGACAGCUCCAUCUCUCUGUGGCGGAACUACCUGAUCCUGUGUCUGGGCGUGGCCAAACCCAGCAUCAUGUCACCUGGGCACCUGAGAGCCUCCACACCUGAAAUCACUGCUACCACACCUGACGGCAGUGUUACCUACGACAACAAGGUGAUAGGUACUCCGUCAGUGGCGUGGCUCCUGAAACAGCUGGUCCCUCUGAUGAGAGCUGAGAGCAUAGAGAUCACUGAAUGUCUAGUGCUGGGCCUCGGACGCACCAACGCACUGGUGUUCAGAGAAUUAGUGGAGGAGCUCCACCCACUGAUGAAGGAAGCCCUGGAACGGAGACCUGAGAAUAAGAAGCGUCGUGAGAGGAGGGACCUGCUCAGACUGCAGCUUCUCAGAAUCUUUGAACUGCUGGCCGACGCUGGAGUUAUCAGUGACAGUACUAACGGAGCGUUGGAGCGUGACAGCCUGGCGUUAGGAGCUCUGUUCCUGGAGUACGUGGACCUGACCAGGAUGCUGCUGGAAGCCGAGAACGACAAGGAGCUGGACGUCCUCAAAGACAUCAGGGCCCACUUCUCUGGCAUGGUGGCCAACCUCAUACAGUGUGUCCCUGUCCACCACCGGCGUUUCCUGUUCCCCCAGCAGUCUCUGAGGCACCACCUCUUCAUCCUGUUCAGCCAAUGGGCUGGCCCCUUCAGCGUGAUGUUCACGCCCCUCGACCGCUACAGCGACCGCAACCACCAGAUCACCAGAUACCAAUACUGUUCUCUGAAGGCGAUGUCCGCGGUGCUGUGUUGUGGUCCAGUGUUUGACAACGUGGGUCUCUCUACUGACGGAUAUCUCUACAAAUGGCUGGACAACAUCCUGGCCUGCCACGACAUACGGGUGCACCGUCUGGGCUGUGAGGUGGUGAUUCUGCUGUUAGAGCUGAACCCAGAUCAGGUGAACCUGUUUAACUGGGCUGUAGACCGCUGCUUCACUGGCUCCUACCAACUGGCCUCAGGAUGCUUCAAGGCCAUCGCUACUGUCUGUGGCAGCAGGAACUACCCAUGUGACAUUGUGACUCUGUUGAACCUGGUGCUGUUCAAGUCUUCAGACACCAGCAGAGAGAUAUACGAGAUCUCCAUGCAGCUGAUGCAGGUUCUGGAAGCCAAGCUGUGUGUGUACUCUAAGCGCAUGGUGGAGCAGAAGCCUGGUAACAUUCUGUAUGGGACCCAUGGACCUCUACCUCCUCUCUACAGCGUCUCUCUGUCCUCACUCUCUACACAGCUGGCCUCCAUGUAUCCCGAGCUCACUCUGCCUCUCUUCUCAGAGGUGUCCCAGCGUUUCUCCACCACCCAUCCUAACGGCAGACAGAUCAUGUUGUCCUACCUGCUACCCUGGCUUUCUAACAUAGAGCUGGUGGAUACAGGCCUCCUACCCCCUGCUUCCAGCCCCUGUACCCCAGAAGAGGAGCCCCGUGGUCGGGCACACACCCUGGGUCUCGCCCCUCGGCUCCGGGGGAACGGCUGGGGCUCCGUCCAGGCCAGCUCUCUGGUCCUCAACAACCUCAUGUUCAUGACUGCUAAGUAUGGAGACGAGGUUCCAGGUCCAGAGAUGGAGAACGCGUGGAACGCCCUGGUGUCCAAUGAGAAGUGGAGUAACAACCUGCGUACAGCGCUCCAGUUCCUCAUCAGUCUCUGUGGAGUCAGCUCUGAUACCACGCUGCUGCCCUACAUCAAGAAGGUGGUGAUCUACCUGUGUCGUAACAACACCAUUCAGACCAUGGAGGAGCUGUUGUUUGAGCUGCAGCAGACAGACCCAGUCAACCCUGUGGUUCUGCACUGUGAUAACCCGCCCUUCUACCGCUUCGCAGCCAGUAACAAGAUGUCUGCUCACCACUCAGGCACUACGUCCAGCAGUAACACAGUAGUGGCAGGACAGGAGAACUUCCCAGAGACAGAGGAGUCCAAGCUGUCCAGAGAGAACGAGGAGAGGUGGGUCCCCAUCACAGCACCCUUUGGGUCCAAGGCUCACAACAGACUGGAGUCUCGCUACAGUAACAGCUCAGGCGGUUCCUAUGACGACGAGAAGAUCAACUACCUGCUUUUCCUGACUAAAACCAUCACACCUAGGGGACCACUACACAGGUGUAACAUAGCAGUGAUCUUCAUGACAGAGAUGGUGGUGGACCACAGUGUGAGAGAGGACUGGGCCCUUCACCUUCCACUACUGCUGCACGCCCUCUUCUUAGGUCUAGACCACUACAGGCCAGAGGUGUUUGAACACAGCAAGCGUCUCCUCCUCCACCUCCUCAUCGCUUUAUCCUGCAACAACAACUUCCAGGUGAUAGCCUCUGUGCUGCUGCUCACCAGAGAGAUCAGUGACAACAAAACACUCACCAUCAAAUCCAGCUAUCAGCCAGAGUACCAGUACUCAGGUGGUCCCGACUUCCUGCGGGAGUGGCAGGCGUCCCCGGUGGCUGACUCUGGCAUGAGCUCCUCCUCCAACUCUUCUUCUGCCAGUCUUGGCGGCGGCAGCACGGGGGGCAGUGUGGGAAACCUGCCCAUGGUAACCCCCGACGACCUGGAGGACCUAGAGGACACAGCCAGUGAGGCGGACAACAAGACCAACAAACUGAUAGAGUUCCUAACUACCAGAGCGUUUGGCCCGCUGUGGGUCCACGAAGACAUCACUCCUAAGAACCCCAACUGUAAGAGCUCUGACCAGCUGUCCAACUUCCUCCGACACGUCAUCUCUGUCUUCAAGGAGUCCAAGUCAGAUUUCCACCUUGAACAGCAGUUGAGUGAUGUAGCGUUGCAGACCGCUCUGUGCAGCUCGUCUCGUCACUACGCUGGGCGGAGCUUCCAGAUAUUCAGAGCUCUCAAACAGCCAAUCAACGCUCACGCUGUAUCCGACCUGCUCUCACGAUUGGUGGAGGUGGUGGGAGAGCACGGGGACGAGGUGCAGGGCUAUGUGAUGGAGGUGUUGCUGACUCUAGAAUCAGUGGUGGUGAACCUGGCUGAGUGUCUGAAGAACAGUGAUCUGAUGGCUGCUCUGACCAGGACCUCCUCCCCAGACUUCUUGACCAAUGAGAAGCUUGAGAAGCAGUUUAACAGGAAGAGCACUGGCCAGCUCAACCUGCCGGGGGUGGGGCUUAGCGGCCUCUCAGCCGAACGCAGCCGACACCAGCGGUCCUAUUCUGUACCCAAAAAGUUUGGUGAGAGCGGUAACCAAUCACACGAUCCGCCUCGCAGCGCUACCCUCGACCGCAUCCAGGCCUGCACCAAUCACGGCCUGGGCCGGCCCGGACGGAGUAUACACGCCUCCUCGGCGUCGACUAAUCGAAUUGAUCCUAGCGUGCUGUCUGAUCCUGCCCACGUGUCCCAUCCUUCGUCCCUAUUGGCUACCGUGUUCUGGGUGGCGGUGUCACUCAUGGAGUCAGAUUUUGAGUUUGAGUAUCAGAUGUCCCUCAGGCUGGUCCACAAGCUGCUGUCUAAGGUGCCCCUGGACCGGGCGGAGAACCGUGAGCGUUUGGAGAAGCUGCAGGCCCAGCUGAGAUGGAGUGGUUUUUCUGGACUACAACAGCUGUUGUUAAAGGGCUUCACCUCCCAGACGACCUCUGACCUCACCCUGCAACUCUUCUGUCAGCUCACACCUGUCUCACGAGUCCCCGUGGUCGACACAUCACAGGCUAUAGGUUUUCCCCUGAAUGUGCUGUGUCUCUUGCCUCAUCUGGUGCAACACUUUGGCCACCCCACUCAGUUCUGCAAGGAGAGUGCUGAGAGGAUCGCACAGGUAUGUCUGGAGGAGAAGAACACCAAGCUGUCUCACCUGGCCCAUGUGAUGACCCUGUAUAAGAACAGGUCGUACACGCGGGACCCCUUCUCCUGGGUCAGCGUUGUGUGUCGCUAUCUCCACGAGGCCUUCGCUGACAUCACGCUCAACAUGGUCACCUACAUGGCUGAGCUCCUGGACAAGGGCCUACCCAGCAUGCAACAGUCAUUGCUCCAGAUCAUCUACUGUCUGUUGAGUCACAUGGACAUGACGGUUGUCCAGGUCAGACAGUUCAACGCUGACGUCCUGAAGACCAUCGAGAAGUUUGUGCAGACGGUCCACUGGAAGGAUGCGUUAAACAUUCUGAAGCUGGUGGUGUCUCGGUCAGCCAGUCUGGUCCACCCAGCUUAUAGCCACGCCCACGGUGACCUCUCUAACCUGGAGGUCAGUAGGAUCUGGGACGGAUCAGCCAAGGCCCUGCCCGGCAAGACACUGGACUUCACCUUUGACAUAUCAGAGACUCCAGUGAUCGGGCGGAGGUUUGAUGAGCUGCAGGGGUCAGGGGGUAGAGAGGGGAAGGCCAGGGCUGUGACCCGUAGCACCUCCUCCACCUCCUCUGGUUCUAACUCCAACACCGUCCUAGUGCCUGUCAGCUGGAGGAGACCUCAGUCCUCACAGAAGAGAACUAGAGAGAAGCUGGUGAACGUUCUGUCUCUGUGUGGACAAGAGGUUGGCCUCACCAAAAACCCCUCGGUGAUCUUCUCAUCCUGUGGGGACCUGGACAUGAUGAUGGAGGUUCAGGGGAGCGGCGUGUCUUCGGAGGAGGGAGGAACCAGAGAAGACACGCUGGAUGACACGGCGUCGGAGCAGCAGUUCAGAGUGUUCCGAGACUUUGACUUCCUGGAUGUAGAGCUGGAGGACGGAGAGGGCGAGAGCGUGGAUAACUUUAACUGGGGUGUACGGAGGCGUUCCCUGGACAGCACAGAGCUUGGUGACCUGUUAGAGGAGAGUCAACACUCAGGCAGCACCCCUAGUCUGGGACAAGAAGACCCACAGGACUCUGACCAAUCAUCAGAGGAAGAAGAGUCCUCUACCAGUCAGAGUCUGUCUCACUCACAACUGACUAAUCUCUCUCCGUCAGAGGAGACCAACCACACGGACUUAGUACUGACACCACGAGAUGAACAAUCCACAACGCCACCACACCAGGUACCAGCCAGGGACCUCCACACUCAGCAGGGAGGACUACGGGGUGGUGAUGAUGAAGACACCCAGGGGCAGGACGAUGACCUGUCUCUCAGUGUGAAUGACCUUCCCCAGGGCCAGGACGAUGACCUGUCUCUCAGUGUGAAUGACCUUCCCCAGGGCCUGGGAUCUGACCUGUCUCUCAGUGUGAAUGACCUUCCCCAGGCCCUGGGAUCUGACUGUUGGGAGGGGGAGAGCUUCACUCUGGACCUGGAACACCACGGUCACCAUGGACACAGCAUGGAGCUCUGUAGACCCCCGCUGGGGUUUCUAGACCCUAGCUGUCUGCCCAGUCUCCGUGAUGACGUGGAUGACCUAGAGGACCUUGGUUUUCCUCCUCCCCCCUCACCGUUCUUCUCCGCCAUCUUGGCUGCAUUCCAGCCCACUGUUUGUGACGACGCAGAGGAGGCAUGGCGUUGCCAUAUCAACCAGCUGGUAACCGACUCAGACGGAUCCUGUGCCGUCUAUACUUUCCAUGUCUUCUCAUCGCUCUUCCAGAACAUCCAGACUAAGUUCUGUUCCCUGACCAGUGACGCCGCUGGUUACCUAGGAGACGGCCUGAGGGGCAUCGGGUCAAAGUUUGUGAGGUCAUCUGAGAUGUUGACAACGUGUUCCGACUGCCCCACGCUCUACGUAGACGCUGAUACGAUCAUCUCCUAUGGUUUACUAGAGAAGAUGAAGUUCAGUGUGUUGGAGCUGCAGGAGUAUCUGGACACCUACAACAACAGAGAAGAGGCCGCUGUCUCAUGGCUGAGGAACUGUAAGGACACGUUUCCCAGGUGCCCUGGCGAUGGCGUGAUUACCUGUCAGCCAGGAGACUCAGAGGAGAAGCAACUGGAGCUGUGUCAGCGUCUCUACAAGCUUCACUUCCAGCUGCUCCUCCUCUUCCAGUCCUACUGCAAGCUGAUUGGACAGGUCCAUGCUGUCAGCGCUGUGCCUGAGCUGCUUAACAUGUCUCGAGAGCUGAGUGACCUAAAGACCAGUCUAAGAGCAGCAGAGGCAGCGGUGGCUAGCAACCUGGAACACACACACCUGGCCCACACCCAGACCCAGGCCUCUGCCGCCCUGCCCAACUUCAGCUCCCCCGAGGCAGCCGUACAGGCCAUCCUGGAGUGCCUCAACAACCAGGAGUUCAGCAAGGCCAUACGCUACAUCCACGAGUGCAGGAGGCUGUGGCCUAACGGUGUGUUUGGCGGUGGGUCAGAGAGCGAGGUGCAGACCCUCCUCAAUGUCUACUUCCGACACCAGACCCUGGGCCAGACGGGGACCAUCGCCCUGGUUGGGUCACGCCAAGACCUCAGCCUUAUCUGUUCCAAGCUGCUGGAGCUCAACGGGGAGAUCCGGGACAUGAUCCGUCGCGCUCAGGGAUACCGGGUGGUCAACACCUACCUCCCCGACUCCUCUGCCUCAGGGACAAGCCUCUGACAGCAGCACAGGAGCCCCCCUCGUACCCCUCAUCCACCCUUAUUAGCCUUGACCCGACAAACCUCAUCCUCCCUGUCACCCCUACUGCCCCGGAUCCCGUCGCAGAUGGUGCUGUUACCCCCGACCAUAACACCACUACCACCAUCUCUACUGCACCAAACCCAGUCUCACUUCUGGCCUCUCCCUCCAGCUCAACCAUAGACUUGUCUCUGCCCUUACUCAUAGACUUCUACUGGCCUCCCCUAGACCUCUCCAGACCCCACUGUGAGUGCACAAACAUACAUCAGGCCUCUCACACACACUCUUUACAGUGCAUUCCAAACCUCAGCCCUAACACACACACUCCACUCAAACCAGGUAACACAUUGCCCGACCUUACGCACACACACACAUUUCCUGCUAUCCCACCUCGUGGACCACACCUCCCGUACUCCCCUUACACACAUCCAGAACCAGUCUUAGACACACAAGGUCUGGCCCCUCUCCUUCCUCCUCUUCCUCCUGACCCAGCCCAAGGUGCAGAGGCGGGGUGGGGGUGCUGCUGUGCCAUCGGAGGGGGUGGUACACCCCUGUCCCGUUACCUGGGGAAGUUGGGUCACACCGCCUGGCCCCUACUCAGAGUGGGGGGGCUCCUGAACCCUAAACAACCCUCUGGUGUUCACACCUGAGAGACUCACCUGAUGAUGCUGGUCAUACCUGAUGAUGCUGGCCACACUUGAUGCUGACUGUACCUGAAGAUCUCAACCACACCUGAUGAUGCUGGCCACACCUGAUGAUGCUGACCACACCUGAUGAUGCUGGCCACACCUGAAGAUCUCAACCACUCCUGAUGAUGCUGGCCACACCUGAAGAUCUCAACCACUCCUGAUGAUGCUGGCCACACCUGAAGAU